AUACAUCGCCGGAGCACUAGUGCACUGCACUGAAUUUCCUGGGUCAACUGUAAGCCGUCGUGUAAGUCCCUUCCGGGGUGUAAGUUUCACGAUGACGCUCACAAAAGAAAGCAUUUGGCAGACAGACAUGCCCCCUACAGCUAAUGAGUUGGCUGAAGCGGGGCAACAAAUUUGCACGACAGUAAACGAGCAUGGAG